GGGACUUAGUGGGUUAAUUAUUAACCCUUAGCAACUUAGGGCACCGGAGGCUUCUACCGAGACGCAGGGACAAGGGGUGGCUUGGGCUGGAAAGGGGGCGAUGGCCCCGGCAGCAGCCGUCGGGGUCGCGUUGCUUCGGCUGGCCUCGCGGCGCUGGGUCCGCCACGCGAUUCCUCUCGCGCUCCUCUUGCUGCUGCUGCUUUCUGUGUGCGCUUGGAGCUCGCGCACCCCCCUAGGCUGCGGAUCCGGGACGCAGCCGUGCAUUCCCGAGAGCACGCCGCCGGUCCAGGUCCCGCGACAGUCGGGUUCCCUGGAGGCCCCCGAGUGGGAAGAGCCUCCGUGUGGGGGCCCCCAGGGCGUGCUGGGCCACGUGAUGGGGCCGUUCCGCGCCAGCCUGGACCCCGAAGGGGACCUGGCUUUGUCUCAGUACCUAGCCGGAUGGAGGGCGCUGGUCAGGUUCCUAAGUCCCCUCGGCUCCAUCUUCGCCUUCGCCACGAGCGAGGCCUUCGCCAAAGUGACAGCCCUCGAGGCUCGAGUGCACGGCCCGGAGGCGGCGCACUACUCGUCGCUGCUGGCCAUGGCGGCGUGGGAGCGGCACGAGGGACGGCUGGAGCGCCCCGGCGUCGCCCCGCGAGACACCGCCAGCUCCUCGGGCUCCCGGAUCCUGCUCUUGCUGCACCGAGCGCUGCGCUGGUCCCAGCUCUGCCUCCACCGGGUGGCGACCGGGACGCUCGGAGGCCCGGACGCCGGCGUGCAGUGCAGCGACGCGUAUCGCACGGCCCUGGGCCCGCACCACCCCUGGGUGGUCCGCCAGGCCGCCCGCCUCGCGUUCCUCGCCUUCCCGGGUCGCGGCCGCUGGCUGGAGCUCGCGUGCCCGGGCGCCGGGGAGGCGGAGGCGCGGGCCGCGCUGGUCCGGGUGGCGGGCACCCUGGAAGAUGUCUACAACCGCACCCAGGGCCUGCUGGCCGAGCGCAGCCUACUCCAGUUGGCCUGAAGCCCCCGGCGAGCCAGACGCGCCGAGACCCAACCUCCUGGCUUCUGGCCCGCAGGCCCCCUGCGUCCGCCCAGUGGGCGGGGCCGCCGGAGCCACGCCUCCGCGUGACGUCGAUGCCUGGAGGGCCCGCCCCCGGCAGGGUUGGGUAACGCCCCGCCCGCUCUGCGCAGCCGCGGGAGAGGGGCCGUGCCGUGGGAAUAAAAUGCGCUCGUGGGGCGCGGCGGGUUCGGGGCGUCUCGUGCGAUGACUGCAGGCGCUGGAGGGAAGUGGAAACAAUGGACGUGGGAAGAUGCAUCAACCCUGUUCCCGGCAGCCGGAGACUCACGCUCCCAGCCACUCCCAAGGCUGCGGGUGCCAGCCGCGUGCCCAGUCUCCGGCCCAGCCCUGCGCCCCGAGCCCCGGCCCAGCGCGGCCGGCUGCUUGCCGGGCUCGCCUGCACACGCCGCCGACGCAGCCCCCGCCCCCGGAGCCGCACCUCUCCGUGUGCGCCGCGGUCCCUGCGUUCGGCCGCCCAAGCGUGAAAGCUGCGCACCAGGACGCACCAGCGGGCGCGCGGCUCCUGCAAAGGCCCCCUUGACCGCUCCCACGGCAACAGGGAACGGGCAAAUGGCCGUUUCACACGCUGAGAACUCAAAGGGUGGGUCCGGCCCACUUUCCUCCUGCACCCCAGAAUCCUGUCUGUACAGCUUCGGUUACGUGUCUUCACCGGAAUGUCUGCUAGAAUCUCACAUGUCCCAACCUGAGCUUCCCAUGCCUUCCCUCCCCGCAGGUACUUCCUCCAGUCUCUGCCAGGGCAGUACAUGACCACU